AUGCUAGACGGUGAUUGGUCAAAAGUCAAAAACAAGAAACGAGUCUCGCCGGCACAAUUCCCGGACCCAUCCAUGGUGCUACCUUAUCAUGAUACGAAUCAAUGGUUUAAGCUGGAACACUCGACACCGGAAGAUGCUCCUCUUUCUUCUUUCAUGGAUCAACCAGAUAUGUUUGGUUUGGGCAUGGACUCUAUGCCCCAGGCCAUCAAUCACCUUUCGAGUAUUGAUUUCUCACCACCAACGGUAGAGGGGGAUUUGCAUUUCAACUACACUGAACCGUCUCCCUUUGCUAUUGCAGCUUCUUCGUAUUCACUGCUUUACUUUCCUGAAACCCAGGGUGAGAUAUUUCCAGGAGAUAUGUUGCCUUCUGGUUUACUGGAUCUCGACUUCACCCUGUAG